CAUUAUGAAGCCACUGACAGCGUGGACUCACACCGCCUGGGAAGUCAUGAGCGACAAAAUACACGAGAGGCAACUUUUAACUGAGGCGGAGACCCCAGCCUAACGACAAAGUCGAUAUUCACCAGGCUCGAGAAACAUUUUAAUCGAUAUCAGUGACUUUCGACAACGUCGUGACUUUGUUUUUACUCGGGUCAGAAAGUGGUAUCCUUUUAUGGGCUCGCUACUCAACGAAAAUGAGCUCUCCGGACUGCACAGGUGUGUUGACAGGUUAAUUAACAGCUACGUUUUGUUUUGACGUCGCACCUUAAUGGAGUUGUUUUGGCUCAGUAAUUGCUGAUAUUAGUUAGUAGUAGCGUAAUGGAGCAGAAGCAUUUUCUGGCGUCUGCUGGAAGUGGAGAAAGUCUGUCGUCGUCCAGUUCACACACCUUGUCCGAGAGUGAAGAAAUAACAGCUGUGCUGGACAUGAAAGUUUCCGGAGAUGGAGACAAUAGUCACAACUCGGACUCUGAAAGUGUCAACGAAGCGGAGGACGACAGAAAUGCAGAGUAUGAGAAGGGCGAAGAAGAGUGUGAAGAAGGAGAAGAAGACGAAAAGUUGGAUAAUAUCCUCUACCCUCCCUCCAUAUCACUCAGGAAGUCCAGUAACCCAGAGUUGACUUAUGGAUUAAGUCCUGCUCUCAAACUGAAACGACAUCUCAGUGAGGAUGGAAAACACGUUCGAAGAAGGAGCCUGGGGGGUGGUCUCACAGGAAAGUACCUUCUGCUACCCACCAACCCCCAGCAGACACAGACAGCAUGGCAGCCAUCAUCUGAGAUCUCUAACCUGGUCCGUAUGUGUUCUCUGAAUCUUGGAAAGUCAGACCCCUCCCUCACCUCCAGCCUGAAAGAGCUGAGUCUUCCAAGAAGAGGCAGUUUCCUCACUCCCCGAAGCUUGAGCCCCACUCCCACUAGUCCUUGCAGCCCGUGCAGCCCGCUGCACGCUUUUCAUUUUUGGAGCUGCAGAACAAGCAACAGAAAAAGCCUGAUAGGAAGCGGUCAGUCUUCAGGUUUACCACGACCUCACUCCCCUCUCUCAUCUCUUACGGGAACAAGCCCACAAGACAGUCCUAGAAAUUUCUCUCCCAGUGCCUCUGCUCAUUUUUCCUUUGCACGAAGUCAUUGCCACAGAGCAGACAGGACUGAUGGUCGCCGCUGGUCGUUGGCCUCCCUACCCUCCUCUGGAUAUGGAACCAACACACCCAGCUCCACCGUCUCUUCAUCCUGUUCAUCACAGGAGAAGCUGCACCAGCUGCCCUUCCAGCCCACACCUGAUGAACUGCACUUCCUCUCCAAGCACUUCUGCACUGAGAGUAUCUCGGGGGAUGAAUGCCGCAGAGCGACGGCCAUGCGACCCCGCUCACGUAGUCUCAGCCCUGGAAGAUCGCCAUCAUGUUACGACCAUGAGAUUAUUAUGAUGAAUCACGUCUACAAGGAGCGGUUUCCUAAGGCCACAGCUCAGAUGGAGGAAAGGAUUCAGGAGAUCAUCCGCAGUAACUCUCCAGAGAGCGUCCUCCCUUUGGCAGAUGGUGUGCUCGGCUUUGCCCACCACCAGAUAAUUGAACUGGCCCGUGACUGUCUGGAGAAGAGCCGGCUAGGACUCAUCACCUCCAGCUACUUCUGCGAACUCACUGACAAGCUGGAGAGGCUCGUUCAGGAGUCCACAGAGAGAUCAGAAAGCGAGGAGGUAAACUUCAUCAGAGAGUUGGUGAAGAAGAUCCUCAUCGUCAUUGCCCGACCUGCUCGACUGCUGGAAUGUCUGGAGUUUGACCCAGAGGAAUUCUACCACCUUUUGGAGGCUGCUGAAGGACAUGCUAAAGAGGGCCAGGGCAUCAAAACAGACAUCCCACGUUACAUCAUCAGCCAGCUGGGGCUCACACGAGAUCCUCUGGAAGAAAUUGCUCAGCUGACCAGCUGUGACAGCGGGAUUGCAGAAACCCCAGAAACAGAUGACUCUUCUCAGAGCCUGAGCACAGCUUUGCGGUCCCGGCGAAAACCCUGUGAAUUGGACUUUGAGAUGACAAAACUCAUCAGCAAUGGUGCCUAUGGAGCUGUUUAUUUGGUUCGACACAAGGAAACCAAGCAACGAUUUGCCAUGAAAAAGAUCAACAAGCAGAACCUGAUUUUGAGGAACCAGAUACAACAGGCCUUUGUGGAGAGAGACAUUCUCACCUUCGCUGAGAACCCCUUUGUGGUGUCCAUGUACUGCUCCUUUGAGACUCGGCGGCACCUGUGCAUGGUUAUGGAAUAUGUCGAAGGGGGAGACUGUGCUACCCUUUUGAAGAACAUGGGUCCGCUGCCUGUGGAUAUGGCCAGGAUGUACUUUGCAGAGACAGUACUGGCUCUGGAGUAUCUCCACAACUAUGGGAUUGUCCACAGGGACCUCAAACCAGACAAUUUGCUGGUUACAUCAAUGGGGCAUAUUAAGCUCACAGAUUUUGGGUUGUCCAAAGUUGGGCUGAUGAACAUGACCACUAACCUGUACGAGGGACAUAUAGAGAAAGAUGCCAGAGAGUUCUCUGACAAGCAGGUAUGUGGAACCCCUGAGUACAUUGCUCCAGAGGUGAUCCUGAGACAAGGUUAUGGGAAGCCGGUGGACUGGUGGGCAAUGGGCAUCAUCCUCUAUGAGUUCCUUGUGGGCUGUGUGCCUUUUUUUGGAGAUACACCAGAGGAGCUGUUUGGACAGGUCAUCAGCGAUGAGAUCAACUGGCCUGAGGGUGAGGAUGCCCCACCUCUUGACGCUCAGGAGCUCAUCACCUUGCUGCUCAGACAGAAUCCUCUGGAAAGGAUGGGUGCAGGUGGGGCCGCUGAAGUAAAGCAGCAUCCAUUUUUCCACAACCUGGACUGGAACGGGCUGCUGAGGCAGAAGGCUGAGUUUAUUCCUCAGCUGGAGUCUGAAGAUGACACAAGUUAUUUUGACACUCGUUCUGAGAGAUACCAUCACCUGGAGACAGAGGAAGAGGAUACAAAUGAUGAAGAUUUCAAUGUGGAGCUGCGGCAGUUCUCCUCUUGUUCUCACAGAUUCUCUAAGGUUUACAGCAGUCUGGAUUUGUCUCGUGGACACCUAGAGGAGAAAGGAGAGACAGAGGAGAAGAAGAGUGAGAGCCCACUGACUGUGGACUCUCUCAGCUGGACGCCAGACUUCGCUGAAAUGCCCUCGCUGUCCCACUCAACGGACACAGACAGUAUGAAUCAGGGCCCCCGCCCCAGCUUGCUUCCAAAGUUUGCCAUCUCAGCUGAGAGUGAAGGAGAUGAGACCUCAGGGCUCGGUGACCCUAGCAAGGCCUCUUUCACCAUCGGAGAGCUCCCACAGGAUGAGCCUGAUGCUACCACUCCAGGCAGCACACACAGUGGAGCCACACUCUCUGGAAGUUUCUCAGAACAUCUAGACCAGCUGACACCCAGAGGUGAAGGGGUGGAGAGCCCCGACAGUACCAGUCAUACCUCCACAGACCAGGUUGCUCAGACCACCUCUCUGCGGCCUGAGAGUGCUGCAGAGAAGACCAUCGGAGCUGUGGCAAAAGUCCCAAAGUCUGUGUCAACUGGUGCCCUGUCCCUUAUGAUCCCUGGAGAUAUCUUCGGGGUGUCUCCGCUGGCCAGCCCUCUAUCCCCUUACUCCCUCUCCUCAGACCCUUCCUCACGAGACUCCUCUCCAAGCCGAGACUCCUCCCUCUGUACUGCCACCCCGCGGCAGCCUGUCAUCAUCCACAGCUCCGGGAAGAAGUUUGGAUUCACACUGAGGGCCAUCCGGGUGUAUGCAUGUGAUGGUGACAUCUAUACUGUCUAUCACAUGGUCUGGAAUGUAGAGGACGGUGGGCCUGCACAUAAAGCAGGACUCAAAGCUGGAGACCUCAUUACUCAUGUCAACGGAGAACCAGUCCACGGUCUUGUCCACACUGAAGUGGUGGAGCUCCUGCUGAAGAGUGGUAGCAAAGUGGCCAUCUCCACAACCCCCUUUGAGAAUACUUCAAUAAAAACCGGUCCAGCCAGGAGGAAUAGCUACAGGAGCAAGAUGGUCAGAUGUGCCAAAAAGCCCAAGAAGGAGAAGACACCAGAAAGGCGACGCUCCCUGUUCAGGCGUUUUGCCAUGCAGCCCUCUCCUCUUCUGCAUACAAGUCGCAGUUUCUCCUCUCUCAACCACUCUCUGUCAUCUGGUGAGAGUCUCCCUGGCUCCCCUACCCACAGUCUCUCCCCUCGUUCCCCUACCGCCGCCUUCCGCCCCGCACCAGAUUUCACCCAGUCAGGUGGCAACUCCUCCCAGAGCAGCUCUCCCAGCUCCAGUGCUCCAAACUCCCCUGCCGGCUCAGGCCACAUUCGCCCCAGCACCCUCCACGGCCUCGGCCCCAAACUGCCAGGUCAGAGGCUUCGCCAGGGGCGCCGCAAGUCUGCUGGUAGCAUUCCCCUUUCACCUUUGGCUCGCACACCUUCACCCACCCCCCAGCCAACAUCUCCCCAGCGCUCACCCUCUCCCCUUCUUAGUGGACAUUCAGUUGCCAUUUCCAAGACAACCCAAGCCUUCCCAGCCAAGAUACAUUCCCCACCCACAAUUGUACGCCAUAUUGUACGCCCCAAAAGUGCUGAGCCACCUCGCUCACCCCUCCUAAAACGAGUCCAGUCUGAGGAGAAGCUGUCCCCCUCUUACACAGGAGAUAAGAAACACCUGUGCCCCAGAAAACACAGCUUGGAAGUGACUCAAGAGGAGGUGCAGGAUGAGGAGCUGAGGGCUGGGGAGCGGGAUUACACCAUCCUGCAGAGUGUGGAAGAAACAGCCUGCGAGCCACUGGCAAUCACACGUGUACGACCUGUUGAGCAGGGCUGCUUAAAGAGGCCUGUUAGUCGCAAGAUGGGCCGGCAGGAAUCUGUCGAGGAGCUUGACAAGGAAAAGCUGAAGUCCAAGGUGGUUGUGAAGAGACAGGACUGGUCAGAGAGGAGGGAGUCUCUACAGAAGCAAGAUGCACUGCGAGAAUCUGACUCAUCCCCCUUGUGUGUUGAUGACGGGGAUGAAAGUUUUCUGGUCCGAGGUCAAAACAAAUCCCAGAGCAGCCCAGAGUGUGGCCCUCUGGAGGCCAAAGCUGCCAGCACCACCCUUAAAGACGUUCUGUAUAAGAAACUCACCACACGAGUCUCUGAGGGCAUCACUGAACCAUCUGGUGGCAGCAGUGAAAGUGACGGAGGCCUCCGAACAUCUCUCUGCUCUAUCCACCCAGAGUGGCAGCACUCCAGGCAGAGUAAAGACAAUAUGAAGCCAGACAGAUUGGAUUUCAAAGCUCCCAACAUCGAAUUCACCAGGAAGAGGUUGUCAUUUGAAGAGCGAGAAGACUGCAUGUGUCGGCUAUCUUCUGGCAUCCACGAGAACCUCCACUUUGGCUCUACUAGGUCAAAGAGCCUGCAGCUGGACACGUCCAUGCCUCAUGACCACAUGAAGACAGGACUGGGAAGUGUUCACUCCAGCCCCGAGGGUCUGACUCCCAAGCUUUUCUCUGGUAGAGGAGAGAGCGCUGUGGAGAAACUGCAGCUCAUUUCCUCAGCAGAGUCUCCCCUUAGAAAGACAUCAUCUGAAUAUAAACUUGAAGGACGCCAUGUCUCCUCUCUCAAACCUCUGGAGGGCACCCUCGAUAUUGGCCUGCUCUCUGGGCCCAGAGUCUCCAAAACAGAAACUUGUUUAUCCAAGAUGACAGAGAACACAAGCGACUCUGUUUCUGUUUCUGUGAGUCCUCCGAUUUGGUUUCAGAGCCCUACUGAGAGACAGUUAACCAUCCCCCAGCUGAAAACUGCAGACAAGCUGAAGAGCCCUCUGACUUGUUCCCCGAGUCCUGAAGCUGUUUCUUCCCUAAAUAGCAUAGUCUCCUCCAAAGAGCAGUCAAAUAACACAACCACAGAGGUGAAACUCAGUACUAGUGAUGAAAAAACACAAGAUAGACAUUGUGAAUCAUUAAAAGCCCCAACCACUAAGAUGGAGGCCUCAACUUUUACUAUUAAACAAGAGAGCAGGACUGGUAUGAAGGCCAGUUCACUGGCUCAUGAACACAGAGGCCCUCGACACAGCUCCCACUUCUCCUCCUGUGGAAAAACACCAUCCAUACGGGAAGUCAGCAAUGAAGAUCAGGAGGAUGAAGUGGAGCAGCAGGAAGUCACACCACACACUACAUCACAAAGUACUGCCAGCUCCAAGACAGUAGUCUCUUUGACUUCACCAAAGCUGGAGGUAGACAUAAAAAGUUCCCCCGCACCUACACAAGUGGAGACUCCAGCUGCAGCUGCCAGUGACGCAUUACCUGUGCCACUGAAGCAGAGUACAAACUCUGGUUUAGAUACAGGUCAGAGUCGGAGCAGUGAGAAAAAAACAGCCACUGCACAGAAGUCAAACAUGACCUCUUUUUCUAAGGUGAAUGUACAUAACAACUCUGCAUCUGUACACGUUCCAGAGAAUGUGGUUUCAAAACAGCAACUGCCGAACAACUGCACGUCAAAUACAGAGCGGCAGGUUUCUAUCACAACAUCUGUAUCUGGCUCUGUACGUGACAAUAAAUCCUGCAGUUCAAAAUCAGAAGGUCAGGACUGCUCUGAAAGAUCUUUUAACAAGGACAGUUUACAGUCUAACAGGUCAGCUGUGAAAGUGGUGAGGGAUUCGAGCAGCUCAGGCCCUAAGAAGGAAAUGAGCACCUGUGCCACAGUUGUAAAAGUGGAGGCAAACCCAAAAGUGGAGCAGAAGAGAGGUGUUACCACACUAAACAUUGGCACCUCCUUACAAAAUGUUGCAGAAGUCUCACUGAGCAUAAACAAAAAAGAUAACACUGUGUCUGCUGGUAAAACAGAGAGCGGUAGCAUAUCAGCGCAGAAGAAAGAAGAUCAAAUAUCACCAAAGAUGAAAAAUAAUGGCAACGUCAAAGAUUCAGAGCAGCUAUCAAAAAACUGUCCAGCUGAAAAAGCACAACACAAAUCAUCUGUUUCAGAAUGCUGCAAAUCUAAAAAAGAAGAAACCGUUAUCAGUGUGAAAGAAAACACUGUGCUCUCUUCAACGAAACAGAAAAGUUCUGCUUCAGCGACUGCAAAUGAGAAUGUUUUGAGUCCCAAAAGUAAAUCAAAGCCUGACCCACAACCUGUGGCACACAGCGCUGUGAAGGCAGAGAGGGACACAAAACCACUUGAAGUGAAAUCUCAUAGUGCUGCUCCUCCAGUCUCAGUACUUAAGGGCAGUCCAAAUUCAAAACAGAGAGAUCUGUCUAAAGAGACUGCACCCUCAACUUCAAACAUUCAACUAACCCAUGACGCUAAACGGAAAGAAACCUCAUUGCCAUCCGCUGGAGCUGACGUAAAGCAGGAGGAAUCGCUGCAGCUGACACAUUCUUCCACUCUUGCUGACGUGAAGCAAAGAGAAACCCAGCCCAAAAUCUCUGUAGCAACCACAGCUCAUAUAGUAAAAGAAAACACAGACUCAAAGCCAAAAUCUCUCCCUCCUAAAACUGUCCUUUCAUCGACAACUCUAAAGACGUGUGUAGCUCCAACACCAGCUAUUAAACAAAGUCCUGAUGCCAAACAUAAAGACUGCUCUCCCAAACACCAAGCCCCAGUAGUUAAAGACCAUCACGACUCAAAACCAAAAGACAUUAUCUCACCUCUUACUGCACCUCCACAUCAGCUGCAGCAGCUCAGGAAGGAGCCUCUGCCUCCGUCAGAUGUUCCCUCUCAGCCUGAUCCACCAACAGUGCUGCCAAAACCUGCAGCGAAGAAGGAAACGCCUUCAGCGAGCAGCGGAGCCGUCUCAGCCAGGGCCACCUGCGUGCCCCAGGAGACUGUAGUCAAGGUAUCCAAGGAAGGCCCCAAGCCUGAAACGCUCAAACAGGACAGUCACAAGGGCCCAGAUACAAGAGUCACCACCCCUGACAAACAGGCGUCCUCCGGCCGGAAGGAGCAGGCUGAGAGGAAGAAAAAAGAAACUGUUCAAGAUGUGACGUCUGUACAGAAAAACACAAAAAGAGAAGCAUCCAGAGCUGCUCCAACUGCACAGAAGGACAGUUCCGAAAAAGACAGUGGCAGGUGCAAGCAGCAGAAGGAGUCACCACGUAGUUCCAGUAACAAAAAGUAAAGCGGGAAGAGAAAAUAGCAGCUGACAUUAUCAUUUCUCAGAAUUCAGAUGUUCUAAAAUGUUAGGAACAGUUUGUGCAAGCAUCAUCAUGCCUUCUUCUUUUUGUUUUUUUGGAUCUUUUUUUUUUUUUGUUUUUUUUUUUUUUUUUUUUUGAGGACCGGGCAAGCUGUUACAUGCUGAUAGAGAGGUAGGUGUGUGCGCGUGUGUGUGCGUUUAAUAAGACGACAAAUGACAACACGUGUAAAUGUUUCUAGGUCUGAAUGUAGGCAAUCACUUGCUGAUGAUUUCUGGUAUUUUCUGAAUUUAGUGAUUUACUUUUAAGUGAAUGUUUGGAAGUUUUGUUUCUGUUUAUCACAGAAUGCUUUGUGCAAUCAGUAUGUCAGGGGCGACAGGGAGGAGCCUUACAAAGGAUGUGAUGUACUGUAGAGUCAGUGCCAUAAUGAUUUUUGAAUUGCACUCUUACUUCUAGACUGGAAGGACCUGAUGUUGAAGUGUUUUAAUGCAGUAGACCACACAAUUUUGCUCAGCAAUUAAGCAAAUGUAUCACAUGUUUCUGUUCAGUAUAAUCAGAUUAUUCUUUUUAAGUUGGGUUUUGUGCAGUGGUACACAGAGGGAAUGCACUAUGUCCUGUGCUUUUCACCUAAAACAAAAAAAAAAAAACAAACACACAGAAUCAUCUUACGGUUCUAGAAAUCAUAAAUUAGUGUAGGGGCCUUAGAAUCAUGGGAAAUAAAACUUGCUGUUCUUAGCAAGAUUUGGUGUUUAUUCACAUUCCUCUGACAUCUGUACAUAUAUUUUUGAUUUUUAUGCAAUAUGGUGUAAAUAUGAUAACACUGUAAAACUGGGAUACAUGGGCUUACAUGAUUGUUGUUUGUAUUAUAUGUAUAGAUUUUGCAGUGUCAUGUUUGUAUGCUCAAUAUUAGAGUAUCAUGUUCUGCUCGAUGACUCUGUGGUCUAAAGUAAGCUACUGUGAUGUAUCUCAUCAAAGGCAUCCUCUUUUUUGUGGCUUUUAACAUGUUCUCACAUGUUCCAAAAUGAACUUGAAGAGAGAGGAAAAGGCAUGAGGGGGUAACUGGGCUAUUUCUAAAAAUGUAGCAUUAUAUUACAAAACUGUGAGGGCUGUCAGCGUUUCCCAGGAAUGUCUUUAUUGUUGAUGAUGUAUCUACUGGCUGUCUACAACUUGAAGAAUGAUGACUGUGUAAAAUAUGAACUAUAGUGUUUGAUCAAUGAAAUGAACCAGCAAAUCUGCAAAUGUUUGCCAAUAAUUUCUGCAGCAGAUUUUUUUAAAGCUUAAGGCAACAUCUCUGGUAAAGUCCAUGAGUGACAGGAGGUCAGUCCUGUGAGGAAGAAACAGUCUGUAAGGGUUCAGAGUGCUUCACUGUUAGUGUUUCAAAGAAUUUUGAUGUCAGGCUUCAGUCAGUGUUGUUAAAGUUGUGUGUUAGUGUUUCAGACUCUUCAUACUGAGCAGCAGCUUAAAGCUUCACCUGGGUAAAGAUUUUAAAUAAGGAAUCCUGGUUAUUAGAUAGCAUAGUUCAUGUCCACAACAUACAUUUGAUGUUAAUGUGCAAAUACUUGGUACUAUACAUAUAGGCUGUCAUAUAUCAGCAUUCACUUUCUGCAACUUACACACACACACACACACACACACACACACACACACACGUUCCUGUACUGUAGAUGCCUUUAAAUGAAAAACCCUAAAUGACAACCAGAAAGUAGGCUAGGACACUAUGUAUGUAAUGCAGUAUUUGCUCUGUUGUGCUGGCUAUAUAAAAACAAUAAUCUUGUCUACUACAUAUACUCUAUGUUGACAAGUCAAACAGAAAACAUUUCAUUUAACAUGACACAGAAUAUAGUUGAAUAUAGUCUGAAUGGCUUACUAUAUCCAAGAAUGACACUGAAACACAUGAGAUUGAAUGCAUAGAUUUUAAUAUUAAAAGAAUCUGAUGUUUACCUGCAUUAGAUAAUGUAAAUGUAUUGCUGAUGUAUCGUGAGAGAAUAAAUGCACCUUAAUAUUUGACAAUAUUCAGUUCAGAAGGUGAAUAAAAGAGGAAGAUUGGAACUGAAAUUGUUUAUGAAUUCCCCACUUGUCCUGACUGCAAAUUAAAUGGAUCACUGAAUUUUAUUUGAAUAAUUAAACAUGUAGUAUUUUUCCCACACACACAGGUUUUUGUUGUCCUGUGACAGCUGACAUUUAAAUCCUCAAAGCACAUUCAUUGUUUGUUUACAAAGCAUCAUGGAUGUAUAUUUUGUAUAUUGUUGAUUUGCCAAAUAUAUGUUCUGUGUCACAGAUGUUGUUUAUAGUAGUGUGAGACUUUGCUCCCUUGCCACCAGGAUGUUUAAUAAGAACAUUUGUUUGUGCAGUAAUCAAUGUCUUUUCAUACGUCGGGUUCUUCUUUGUCUGCUUGUCUUUUCAAUUUUCUUUUUUUUCCCCUCCUCUGUGCAAAACUAGUAUUAGAUGAACUUGCUUACGAUGGUUUGUCUUUUAGAAUAUGUGCAAUAAAAGUGUUAUGAGUUUUGUAUUUUGCCCAAGGAAAGCUCUAUGGAUGUCAUAGAUGUUGUAUAUUAAAACAGAUAUUUAUACUUCUAAUGUUGCGUAAUACUGAAAAUAAAAUGGAAUUAUAAAUUA